UUGCAGGAUCAUGCAGGCAAAAUCAUUUCACUCGCCUGGUCACUGGAUGGGAGUUACAUCUUCUCUGGGUCAGAUGACAUGAUGAUCUGCAUCUGGUAUGUUCAAAUGAUGGUCACAGGUCACUCUGGUGUGAUCAACUUGGUUGCUUGGUUGCCAGGCGGCAUGCACAUCACCUCUUGCUCUGAGGAUAUGACCAUCCAGAUCUGGGACAGUGAAACUGGGCUGCCAGUUGGCAAGCCAGUGCAGCAUCAUGUGGGGAAGGUGAAUGUGGUGGCAUGGUCAUACAAAGGGCUGUAUUCCACAUCCAGCACAUCUGACAGGACGGUGAAUGACUGGAGUGCAGACAAGGGGGAGCAGAUCAGGGAGUUGUUGCAGGAUCACAUGGGCAAGGUCACAUCAGUUUGUUAG